GAACUGCAUUAACAGCACACCCACAUGCAGUCCCGAUUCUGCCUCCCCCACACUCACGCCCCUCGCAGAGCCAAGAGGGGCGCGUGCCAAGCCGUCGCCGUCGGCUGCUGCGAGGGACUGCGGCGCUAGGAAGACGGAGAGUCCCACGGCGGGCUCGGCUUCGGCCCCGCGACCCGCGGGAACUACAACUCCCAGAAGGCCACGCGGCGGCCGUUCGCGCUCCUCCCCGCCCCCCGGCGUUGCGUCAUCGGCGGGCGGCAGUCGCGGGGCGAUGACGCCAGAGCCCGGUCCGGACUGUCAGUCGGAGCCGCGCGGCGGACGGACCCAGGGGCCCGCGGGGCCGGCGAGGCCAUGGCAGCUGUGUUUGACCUGGACCUGGAGACGGAGGAGGGCAGCGAGGCCGAGGCCGAGGCCGAUUCCAGCCCCGCGGGCCGGGGGCAGGUACGAGGAGGUGGAGCUGACGGAGGACAGUGUGAACCCGGGCCCCGAGCGCAUCGGCCCGCACUGCUUUGAACUCCUGCGGGUGCUGGGCAAAGGCGGCUACGGCAAGGUAUUCCAGGUUCGCAAGGUGCAGGGUGCCAACUCGGGCAAAAUAUACGCCAUGAAGGUGCUGAGGAAGGCCAAAAUCGUGCGCAACGCCAAGGACACGGCGCACACGCGCGCCGAGCGGAACAUUCUGGAGUCGGUGAGACACCCCUUCAUCGUGGAGCUGGCCUACGCCUUCCAGACCGGGGGCAAACUCUACCUCAUCCUUGAGUGUCUCAGUGGCGGCGAGCUCUUCACGCACCUGGAGCGGGAGGGCAUCUUCCUGGAGGACACGGCCUGCUUCUACCUGGGAGAGAUCACACUGGCCCUGGGCCACCUCCACGCCCAGGGCAUCAUCUACCGGGACCUCAAGCCCGAGAACAUCAUGCUCAACAGCCAGGGACACAUCAAACUCACCGACUUCGGGCUCUGCAAAGAAUCCAUCCACGAUGGCGCCGUCACCCACACCUUCUGUGGCACCAUCGAGUACAUGGCCCCCGAGAUUCUGGUGCGUAGCGGCCACAACCGAGCGGUGGACUGGUGGAGCCUGGGGGCCCUGAUGCACGACAUGCUCACCGGCUCGCCCCCCUUCACUGCUGAGAACCGGAAGAAGACCAUGGACAAGAUCGUCAAAGGGAAGCUGGUGCUGCCCCCGUACCUCACCGCCGACGCCCGGGACCUCAUCAAGAAGUUUCUGAAGCGGAAUCCUGCGCAGCGGAUGGGGGGCGGCCCCGGGGACGCUGCCGACGUGCAGAGGCACCCCUUCUUCCGGCACAUCAACUGGGAUGACCUCCUGGCCCGCCACGUGGACCCUCCGUUCAGGCCCUCUCUGCAAUCCGAGGAGGACGUGAGCCAGUUUGACGUGCGGUUCACCCGCCAGACACCCGUGGACAGCCCCGACGACUCGGCCCUCAGCGAGAGCGCUGACCAGGCCUUCCUGGGCUUCACCUACGUGGCCCCGUCCGUGCUGGACAGCAUCAAGGAGGGCUUCUCCUUCCAGCCCAAGCUGCGCUCCCCCCGCCGCCUCAACAGCAGCCCCCGGACCCCCAUCAGCCCCCUGAAGUUCUCACCCUUCGAGGGGUUCCGGCCCAGCCCUGGCCCCCAGGAGCCCAUGGAGACCCCCCCGCCUCCACUGCUGCCGCCGCCUUCACCGCCGCCCGCCAGGACGCCCCCCCUCCCCAUCCGGCCCCCCUCGGGGGUCAAGAGGUCCAAGAAGGGCCGCGGGCGCCCUGGGCGCUAGGAGGGGCGGGCAGUGGCUCUGGCCCAGGGACGGUGCGGGGUGCAGAGGUGUGUGGGAGUGUCUCGUGGGGGGCGGGGCGGUGCCCUGAAUCACGUGUGAGGGCAGCCGCGGGGGUCGCCCCCCGAGCUGUGGCCCGUGGGAUUAAAGGACUCGAUCACGGCG